AUGGUAGAGACGGAAAAUGAAUCAAAAAAUCUUAUUUCUCCUUCACAAAGUCUUCGACGAAAAUCUGGAGCUGUUCCAGUUAAGAAAUUCCCUUCGCUACAGGUCUCUCAUUAUCCCGUAUUGCUUUGUUCACACAAUGAUGAUGAAGCUAACCAACUGAAAUCUAGUGUCAUUUGGAAAGCCAGCUCAAAUACCGAUAGUCCACCUCCAUUCAAAGAAGCUGCUUCAGAAACUACACGUAAAACAUCUGCACGAGCGAACGAUUCAAGCGGAAGUUUUGAAAGGCCACUCAGUCCUAACGCACCAAGCCCAUGUUCACCAUCCCGGUUGCUUCCUCCUCGUAAGUUAUCGUUCUCAACGGUAGUCAAUAUGAAAACAGCUGCUCAUAAUAAUGUAUUAGGUUCACCUUCUAUACGUUGUCAAUCAUCAGCUUCUCCUAUGACAGCAAGUGAACGUCAACUUUUAUGGAAUACCGUUCAUCAUGAUAGCCUUAAGUCAAGCAUCUCCAUGGAGAGCAUGUACAACAGUUGUACAGACCUAGAUAUGAAGUUUCGACAACAACGUAAGCGAAGAGCCGGUAUCAGUAGUGGAUCGGCUGCAAUCACUCGUGGGGGAGCUUUUGCUUCAGCCGGAGGUUCAGGAUGUAAUUCAGCUGGAUACUCAACUGGUAGAAGUCAACCUCCGUUAGGUGGCCGUUCGCCUCAAUCAUCAUUUGAUUCCAAUUCAAAUCAAGAUGUUGCGCAGAUUUCAAUGAAUUGGAUGCGGAUGAAUGGAUUAGGUGCCGGAUCAAUCAGGCCCUUUCUUACCGGAAAUCCACCGGUUCAUCCAAAAUCAUCACACUCAUCAACACAUCUAUCAAGAGUUGGAUCACUCAGAAAGAUGCAUUGUGUCACAAGCUUAGAAGGGCAAUUACCCCGUAGUGGAACACAGUGUGAUGUUCUGAACGCCGAAAAUGCCACUGGUCAUGAAAUACCAUCCAAUGCUGGCUUAACACAUAGUACUGUCACUACUCCGGAAUUGCCAUUAGCUGAUACGUGCUUGAUGACAACGUCAGUUCCCUCAGAUGCUACUCCAAGAGGGAUUUUACGAGCACCACGUCUUCAAACUGCUCCGAAACAGCUAUCAUUCGAUUUUAUGUGCACGACGUCAUCGCCCGUUCCUUCCGCAAAGAGUAGCUGUGUCUCACAAUCAGGAUCAUAUCAUAUGUUCGAGAAGCCACCCCGUUGUUACCCAUCAUCCACUUCGCCAUCUAUGACACCAUCCCUUCAAACAUUAGGCGUAGGCCGUCGUGGAAGUUCACGUCGCAAGGAUCCUGGACGCUUCCGUCUUCAGAACCUUCAACAACGAAGUAACAGCGAAAGUACCUUUCGCAUGCCUUAUGGAUCAACAAGCACCGAGUAUUGUCAAGGAGGAGUCUGUACUUCACGAUGUUGUGGAAAUCAUGAUCCUAGCUGUCGUACACGUCGUAUGAGCAUGGCUUAUCUUCCAUCAAAAGAGCAAGCUCUGUUACGAAGAAUUUUAGGCCCUCAAGGUCUAAGCUGGAUAAACAGCGAUCGGAAACGAAGUGUUCCACAAGGUGAAAUUGCAUCAAGAAAAUCAGUAUCAAUUGCUUAUUCAAAUGAUAUUGAAGGACAGAAGAAUGCUGAUGAUUCUGAAACUCCUCUUAUGGAAGAGAAAGAAGAUAACAGUGGUGGACGGUUGAUCAAACGGGAACAGUUACAUGAGAAACGACGUAUUACAUGUGAUCGAGCUUUGACAUUUGCUGUACUGGGAAUAGUUUUAAUGAUGAUUGAAAGUGAAUUACGUUCAAAUAACUUUAUUGAUGCGGGUUCGCUUGAAAGCUUAGCUUUAAAAGCUUGUAUACUUGGCUCAACUCUUGUACUUAUUGUUUAUGUUGGAUAUUUUCACGUGAUUGAUGUUCAGUUAUUUAUGAAUGCAAAUGCAGCAGAUGAUUGGAGAGUAUCACUAACAACUCAUCGAGUUACUCAAAUUCUCAUAGAACUGAUGAUCUGCGCAGUGUGUCCACUGCCAUUAGAACUUGGAACGUACAGUAGUAUAGAUACACAUAAUACAUUACAUUCUCUGAAUGUACUCUUUUCUAUUUCAAUGUUCUUUCGAUUAUAUUGGUUAUGUCGUGUGAUGCUUUUACAUUCAAGAUUAUUCACUGAUGCUAGUAGCCGAAGUAUAGCUGGCUUAAAUCGAGUUAACUUCAAUGCUCGUUUCAUUCUUAAAACGCUUAUGACAUUAUGUCCAGGAAAAAUGCUUAUUAUAUUCACAGCUUCAUUAUGGAUUAUUGCUGGAUGGAUUUUGAGAUUGUGUGAAAGAGAAAUGUCCAUUCCACGUACACGUGAAUUAGAUUAUGGAAGCUCAAUCUGGCUUGUUGCCAUCACAUUCUUAUCUGUUGGAUACGGUGACAUUGUUCCUCAUACUCAAUGUGGACGUGUAAUGGCCGUCAUUACUGGUAUUCUGGGUACUUGCACAUCUUCUAUGGUUGUUGCCGUUAUCACAAGGAAGUUAGAACUUACGAGAGCUGAAAAACAUGUUCACAGCUUCAUGAUGGAUACGCAACUAACUAAACAACUUAAACAUUCAGCAGCUAAUGUGUUACGUGAAACAUGGCUUAUCUAUAAAUAUCGAAAACUUGUUGAUAAAGCUGAUCUAUCGAAAAUUCGACAACAUCAACGAAAGUUCUUAGUCGCCAUAUAUGAACUUAGAAAAGUUAAGAGAGAUCAACGAAAAUUGACAGAAAAUUUGGUUUCAUUAGGAGAUGUUGCUAAAACAUCCUCAAGUGCUUACGAGCUGAUGCAUGACGUUCACUCAACUCAGGAAGGGUUAUCACUCCGCAUAACAGCCAUAGAACAUCAACUGUCAGACAUUUCAAGAGAAAUUGGAAGUUUGGCUGAACUUUUACGAGGUCGUAAAAGCAGUAUGACGAGUGAAGAAGCUAGUCCACAACACCGAAUGAGAUUAAGAACAAUAACGGAUGAUUAA